AUGAUUAAUGUCAUUACAGGUGUAAACAGAGAGGAGGAGGAGAGGAAAAUUGGUUUAGAAACUGAUGAUUCAUUACAGGAAGAAGACAAGGACACUGGAACAGCUGGAAUCAGAGCCGAUCGAUAUCUACAACAGAAAAAGACUGAAGAAUUACAGCAUCCAUUUCACAGACUUCAUCUUGAGGGCAGGCGGUACAAUAAACUGAGAGCUGCAGAUGUUCUUCAGAUAACUGCACAUUCAUUAAAAUCCCAUGAGUCUUGUGCUGAAGAGGAGUUGAUUCAGACUUUCCUACAAAAACUACUGAUGAUGAACUACAGAGCAAGAUACAUUAAAACUAAAAUGAACAAUGAGGAAGAUCAACAAAGAGACACUGACUCAUCUGAAUAUGAGGAUGAUAUUUUUCAUAAAAUAUAUUUCUGCGAUGAAGAAACAAGUCAGUUUGAUUUCAUUCACCCGAUGGAUGUUCAGAUGGCCGUGUUUCAUUGUGCCGAUGGUUUCCUGAAGCAGCUGAUGGUCACUAAACUGUCCCAGUGUCAGUACGCUCUGCCUCUGCUUGUUCCUGAUCCAUUCACACAACAGAUUGAGUUUCCUCUCUGGACAUUCAGACAAAUCAACAAGAGCUGGAAGAUCAGAAACACCAACAAUGAAAUCAUCAGUCAAACCCAUCCGGUCUACAAGGCACAAACUCCAAUGGUGUUUUUCUUCAGGUUUGGCUCUGUGUCUUCAUCCAAGUCUGAGCUGAUGAACAGUCUGAUCAAUGAGAAACACAACACGUUCUUCCACAGGAACUGCCCAGGCAGCAGCAGAACCAGAGUCCUGAUGGAUGGAGUGGUGGAGAUCGCCUGGUUCUGCCCCUCUGGAUCAUAUGAUGAUAAAUUCACUGACUGUGUUGCGUUCUGUAAUCUACACGGUGAUGCAGGAGACCAUGAGAAACAGCUGCAGAUCCUCACUGAAAUGAGCUCAGUCAAUGUUGUUCUGCUAUCUCAACUGGACAGAAAUGAUAGAAACAUGAUAAAACUUCAACAACUCUACAAGGACUCAAAGCCACUCAUUUGUCUUCUUACUGAGAAUGAAUCUGCAGUAAAUGAGAUGAAGAAAGGGAAAUUCAAAAUUGGUCUGAAAGACAGAAAUAAGUCAGAUGUAUCUGAAGAACUCAAAAAAGCUAUAAAUGAUUGUGUCUCAGAAUCAUCUUCUACUUUCAGACUUGAAGAUGUGUCCAAACACUCAUACAUCAGAGUAGAUGAGGAAGAUGAUGAAGACUGCAGGAGAGGAAGAGAAGCAGCACAGCAGAUGAUGAGUUUACUGGAGAAGAAAGAUCUGACAGAAAUCAAAGAAUCAGUUCUGCCUCAUCAGGGGAAACUGUGGCAUCAGUGGAGUCAGAAAAACAAAGAACUACAUCGACCUCGAGGAGAUGAGACUGAAAUGGAUAUAAGUAGAAAAACAGAAAUAAAGGAAAUACGUGAACAACAGAAUAAAUUAGACAUCAGUGAGUUUAUUAAGUACUUCAUUGAAAAAAUGACCUCAGAUUAUAAACAUAAGAUUUUUUUCCUCAAAUGGCUCACAAUCCUCCUGGAUGAAUAUACAUCAGCUGACCUUUCUUAUCUUCAUCAAAAGAAUCAUGAAAAAUGGUCAACAGACUUAAAACUGAAAGACAAUGACAAAUGUGAAGAACAACGAACUGCACUUGAGAGAAUAUCUGAGGAACUUCAAGCUGCAGCCUUUGGUUUGGAGCACAUCAUGAGGGAGAUCGGUCAGAUCUAUGAAUCAUGUUCAUCUGUGAAGAAGAACAAGAAAGACGUGCAGUUUGACUUCUCUUCUCUCCCGAGUCUUGCAGCAGAGAUGAUGAUCUCUGGAUUUCCACUGGAGCUGAUGGAUGGAGAUGCUGCUCAUGUUCCUGUGAGCUGGAUCUCUGCUGUUCUAGAUGAACUCAUCCAGAAACUGGGAGACCAGAGAGUCUUUGUGCUGUCAGUUUUAGGGAUUCAAAGCUCUGGGAAAUCCACCAUGCUGACUGCCAUGUUUGGACUCCAGUUUGCCGUCAGUGCUGGCAGGUGCACCAGAGGAGCUUUCAUGCAGCUGGUCAAAGUGUCAGACGAGAUGAAAACACAGAUGAAGAUUGACUAUAUUCUGGUUGUUGAUACUGAGGGUCUUCGUGCUCUAGAACUGGCUGGAAAAUCAACAAGACAUCAUGACAAUGAAUUGGCCACAUAUGUUGUUGGUCUUGGAAAUCUGACCUUGAUCAACAUAUUUGGAGAAAACCCAUCUGAGAUGCAGAACAUUCUUCAGAUUGUUGUUCAGGCCUUCCUGAGGAUGAAGAAGGUCAAACUGAAUCCUAGCUGUGUGUUUGUGCAUCAGAACGUUUCAGACGUGACAGUUGGAGAGAAAAUCAUGGAGGGAAGGAGACGACUGCAGGAGACACUAGAUAAGAUGACUAAACUCGCUGCUGAAGAGGAAGUUUAUGAUGCAGAAUGUUUCAGUGAUGUCAUUGCAUUUGAUAUAGAGAAUGAUGUGAAGUAUUUCGCUCAGCUCUGGGAGGGCAGCCCACCGAUGGCACCACCAAACCCAAAGUACUGUGAGAUUAUUCAAGAACUAAAGGAAACUAUAAUGUCUAAAGCCUCAAAACCACAUGGAAUGAUGCUAAAAGACUUUAAAGACCGUAUUAAAGAUCUCUGGGAGGCUUUACUGAAUGAACGAUUCGUCUUCAGCUUCAGAAAUUUUCUGGAGAUUUCAGCCAACAGGAAACUGGGGACCGAAUACAACAAGUGGUCCUGGAGUCUCCGCAGUGCCAUGAUGGAAAUUGAGAACAAACUACACAACAAAAUAGAAAAUGAAGCAAUUCAUGAGGUUGAGGAAACUGAUCUUCAAAGAGAACUGAAGACAACAAGUAAAGAAGUGGAGAAAUCAAUGUCAGAAUUUUUUGAGAAAGACAAAGAUAAAGAUAUACUGAUUCAGUGGAAAACAUCAUUUGAAAUCAAAAUCAAAGAGCUUCAGGAAAACAUUGUGAGAGAAACAAAGAGGAAAUUAAAUGGGAUUCUUCAGCAGCGAGACCUGAAGAAAAUGAUUGAUGCUUUGAGGAUAAAUCAUGAAAACACUCUCUAUGAAAAGAGCAAAGAACUUGCCUUAAAACUCAAAGACAUUGAUGAAGAGACACUGAAGAAAGAGUUUGAUCUGUUUUGGGAAAAGAGUGUGAAGAUGAUCGUUAGAGACACUCCUGUAAUCAGAGACACUGACAUAAUGAGAGAUGUGGGAGAGAUCCUCAGUGACAUCUACAAAAGUGCUUCUAAAGAUCAUUGGAAGGAGGGCUGUGAGUACAACAAUAUUUUCACUGUGCCAAGUUAUUUUAAUUAUGUUAUUAUCAAAAAGUAUCAAUUAUUUGGAUUUGCUCAAACUCUUUCUAAAGAGGAUGAAGCCCAAAUAAGAUCAUUAGUCACAGAUGUUGCUCUACAGACAGACAAAAUGAUUCAGUCAUUUAACAUUUCAAAGAUGGGCUACAAUAUCAGCUGCAUUCAACAACUCAUAGAUUACAUCAAGAAGAGAGUAACAGAACAUCAGGACGGACCAGUGAAUUAUGAGUUCAAGAAACAAUUCUUCAUGGAUUUAGUUCCCUCUAUCUGUAAGAGGGCAAACAAGAUGAUCACUGACCAACACAGACUGUUCAAGGAAGCCAAUGAUCCUGUAAUAUAUGUAGAGAAGAAGAGAGAAGAGUACUAUAGUAUUUUCCAGAAAUACUGUCAUGGAGCAACAUCAGCUGCCAUUUUUGGUAAGAUAAUCUGUCAGAAACUUAAAGAGCCCAUUGAGCAGAGUGUCUACAAGAAGAUUGCCAGAGAUCUGAAGGAUGAAAUUAUGAAGAACUAUGAAUCACUGAAUGGAAACAGAUCAAACCUGGAGAAACACAUCCUGAAGACACUGGCAGAAGAGGAGCAUUUUGACAAAUACAUGAGCUACAUUCAAAAUCCCAGAGAUCACUUCAAGAGCUUCAUCAGAGAUGAAGUCAGUCGGUACAUCACUGAUAAGUUCAGUGUCAGUGUUUUACCCAAGAUGAAGGAGAACAUUGAACUCCUGCAGCAGAAGAUCAUGAAAGCAGCACAUGAAUCUACUAAACAUGUUCAAGUGAACAGAGGAGAUGUUGGUUUGUGGUUGAGGAGUUUCACACUGCAGCUCUCAGAUAAGUUGAUCUUCUCUGAAAAAGACCUCAGUGGAGUGAAACAUGAUGAUGUUGAUGAUUUAAACCUUCUAGCAGAUGUGAUAAGACAAGAACUUCCUGUAGUUGUUUCAGAUGUAAGCACUAAUUUCUAUGACUUUCAGUGGAAACAGGGCUGUAAGGACAGGCCAGAUGAGCUUCUGAUUGAUCGCUUCUGCCAGUGCUGUUGGGUUCAGUGUCCGUUCUGUAAAGCCACCUGCACCAACAAUAUAGAAAACCAUGAUGGAGAUCACAGUGCUCCUUUCCACAUAGUGAGAGGAAUUCAUGGACGGCAUUACUCUCAAACACAGAAUCUCUGUGCUGAUAUUUGCACAAAUUUAGUGGCAAGUGAUCGCCUUUGUUCUACACCAUAUGGAAGGUUACCCUGGAAAGAUUACAGAAGAGCAGGAGGAGUUUAUGCAGACUGGAGCAUCACCCCUGACCUUUCUGAACUGCCCUACUGGAAGUGGUUUGUGUGCAAAUUCCAAAAAGAUCUGGAGAAAUACUACAAUAGAACAUUUGAGGGGAGCGGUAAGAUCCCAGAUGAAUGGAGAAAAUAUUUAAAACAGGAUGCUAUUGAGAGUUUGGAUAAAUACAUCUAG